CUUCCGGCACCAUGUCCAUGCCGUCUCCUUCCGGCACCAAGCGUUUCCUUCUCCUUCGUCGCUGACCCCCUGACCCCUCCUCCAUCUCCGUCUCCCUAGUGCAGACCUUCCUCCUGCCCCGGCAUGGGCAUGGCGGCCACGAGGCUCACGGACGACCUCCUCGUGGAGAUCCUCGCGCGCGUGCCCGCCAAAUCGCUCGCCCGUUUCAAGUGCGUCUCCAAGCACUGGCUGGGCCUCACCUUCGACCGCAGCCACCGCAGGAGGCUCCCCCAGACACUGUCCGGCUUCUUCUACAGCAGCGCCGGCGAGGAGUGCUUCCUGGAGUCACCUGUCCACUUCACCAGCGUCGAGGGCAGCCGCCGCCCUCUGGUCCGCACCUCUUCCGCGUUCCUCCCCAGCCACCGGCGCGUCGACCUCCUGGACUGCUGCAACGGCCUCCUCCUCUGCCGCUGGUACGAAGUCUCUGCCCGUGCCGACGAGUUCCGUUACGUCGUGUGCAACCCCGCGACGGAGAAGUGGGUCGUCUUGCCGGACUCUGGCCAGGCGGGCGAGGUGGGCGCCGCUCGUCUGGGCUUCGACCAGGCGUCGCCGCACUUCCAUGUGUUUGAGUUGGUGGAGCAGGAAUUUUUUUCGCCGGACUUCCCUGUCUACCUCAUCGGAGUGCAGGUGUAUUCUUCUGAAUCCGGGAGAUGGGUUCAUAAUGAGAAGGCAUGGGAUGAGCAUAUUAGGCUCGCCAAUCGCCAGUCGGCGACUGUCUUCCUUAACGGCCAUCUGCAUUUUCACACCUAUGACGGCGAGUCACGCCAGUGUCUAGCCGCGGUGGACACGGAGGGGGAAACAUGGACGGACUUCCGCGCCCCUGGCGGUCUAGAUGGUGGUCAUAUUCAGCAGUCACAGGGUCGCCUGCAUUAUGCCAAUUUUCAUCAAGAUGAAGAUGCCCGUGUGGUUCGACUAGUAGUUCAUGUUCUCGAGGACUACGACAGCAAAGAAUGGAUAUUGAAGCAUAGCGUUGAAACUUCAUAUUUAUCUGGAGGGACACAUGUUCUUGACCUUAAUGUGGACUUCCAUUUGAUUGCAGUUCAUCCGGAAUGUAACUUGAUCUUUUUUACUGCGGGUUGGGAUACCACCUUCAUGUGCUAUAAUAUGGAUAGUCGGCGGGUCAAAGUGAUCUGCAAUCUUGAAGAUGGCAAGCCGCCAUAUCUGCCGUAUGUGCCAUUGUACACAGAGUUACCAUCACUGCACACAUGAUAUCAAUAUCACACUUCUGAUGCCUUGAUAAGAAGUGCAUCUUCGACAGGAGUCGAUUGCUGCCGUGGCUUGGUAUGUCUGUUUCAAUUGGUUCUUGUUUUCUCUAACUUGGAUAGUAAAGUGAGGUUCCAAUUCUUGCCAACCUUAGUAUGUCUGUUUGAAUUGGUUCAUGUUUUCUGUAAGCAACUGAAUUUCGUAGACUUGCCUGAAAGACUAAAAGUUGUAAUGCUGCCCUGAUUCUAGGAUUUGUAGCUGGUGAUGCAGUCAGUUUCAUGCGGGACUUAUUUCCUGACGGGUGCAUGCUUUUGCCUUCUGAUUUUGAAGCCGUGGUGGUUCAUUAUGUUUGCUGAUUUCUUUGAGUCAUUCGAAGUUUCUGUUGUUUGUACUUGUUUCUACUACAUACCAAUAGUUUCUGGGCACUGCUACUCAACUAUUUUGGUUGACUUUGUAAACAUUUGGUGAAAGGCCUGAAUCAAUGAUUGCCCACGGGGGAAGUAGAAGCAUUUCAUUGACAAAGACCUAGUAAA